UCUUUUAGUAUUCAUAUAAAAACAUCCUGCUUGAUUCACGUGAUUUUUUUUCUUCCCACAACUUGAACUGAAUGUUAACAGGAUUUAAAUCGUGAUAUUGUACGCUAUGGUCUGCAGUCGUUGAAAUAAAGUACAGCUGUAUCCCAUAUCUAGCAGGCACCAGCUUGUAUUAGCCAUGAUGCUCCUAGUCCUCCUUCCUGUUUUGUCAGUGUAUGUAUCAGGGGCGGCAUCAGAGACCUACAUACUAGACGACAGUGCAGGGUACGGGAGACGGUUUGAUGGCAUUGGGGGACUAAGUGGAGGAGGAGCUACUUCUAGGCUUCUGGUCAAUUAUCCACAGAAACAAAGGGAUGAAAUAUUAGAUUACCUUUUCAAGCCUAAUUUUGCUGCUUCACUCCACAUACUGAAGGUGGAAAUUGGUGGAGAUGCUCAGAGCACAGAUGGAACGGAAUCCUCUCACAUGCACCAUCCCUAUGACCUGAACUAUAACAGGGGCUAUGAAUGGUGGCUUAUAAAGGAAGCUAAAAAGAGGAAUCCAGACAUCCUUCUCUAUGGACUGCCCUGGGCGUUCCCGGGAUGGAUUGGGAACGGAACACGAGAUCCCUACCACAAUCCCACCCUGACAGCUGACUACAUCAUGAAAUGGGUCACAGGGGCAAAGGAGGUCCAUAACCUAACCAUAGACUUCAUAGGGAUCUGGAAUGAGAAACCAUAUGAUGUUAAAUAUAUAAAGACUCUGAGAAAGACCCUUGAUGCCCGUGGAUUUUCUCCGACUAAAAUCGUGGCCUCAGACAGUGGCUGGGGAAUAAUAAAUGACAUGAAUAAAGACCAGGACCUGGCUAAAAUCGUGGACUAUGUAGGGGUUCAUUAUCCCGGAACUCUGUCACCAGAAUUUGCUAAGAAACAAGGGACACAACUCUGGUCAUCUGAAGACUAUUCCACAUUUAAUGACAAUGUAGGGGGAGGUUGCUGGGCCAGGAUUGUAAACCAAAAUUAUGUCAAUGGACUUAUGACCAGCACCAUUUCCUGGAACCUGAUUGCCAGUUAUUAUGAAGCUUUACCAUUCCCCCGUAAUGGUCUGAUGACCGCAGAGACCCCCUGGAGUGGACACUAUGUUGUAGAAAGCCCUAUCUGGGUCACAGCCCAUACCACACAGUUUACACGACCUGGCUGGAAGUACCUCCCCCAUGACAAGGGGGUCAGUAGGUUACAGGGUGGGGGGAGCAUGGUGUCGCUGGUCAGCCCUGAUAACAAAGAUCUCACCAUCAUCAUAGAAACCAUGAGCCAUGAUCAUUCCAUCUGCAUUAGACCCCCACUUCCCCCCUACUCCGUCAAACCCCAGAAUAUUACAUUACAACUCAAAGGAACUUACGCAAACAUAUCAUCUCUGUAUUUAUGGAAGAGCAGUUUUCAGUUUGCCCCAAAUUCCUCAAAAUCAGAUUUCUUCAGAUCUUCAGGACAAGUGAAGGUGAUUGGAGGAAUUUUAAAAAUAUCUCUAAAUGUUGAUGAGGUCGUCACCAUAACAACAGUGUCAACAGGACAGAAGGGACUGUAUCCAAACUCUCCAGAUGACAAACCCUUUCCUCUGCCUUACAGUGAUAACUUUAAUGGAUAUGCCUAUUUUUCUGAGCCUAACAACUUUGCCCAGCAGACUGGGGCAUAUGAAAUAGUUAAAUCCACUGACUCUGCCAGAGAAAAAGUUCUUAUGCAGACAUUGUUGGAUUUACCAGUGUCUUGGUGUCAGGCAGAGAAAGCCAAUAAGUCCAUCAAUGUUAUAGGAAACUACAACUGGACUGACAUGGCAGUGAGUGUUGAAACACAAAUUCCAAAGGUCAACGGAAGUUCAGGGUCAUUUGUUGCUGUACGGGUGGAUCAAGGGGGGUGUAAUGCUUGGGAAGCCAAAGGAAUGUUCUUCUUCCUCCUCCCUGGUGAACAGAAAUAUGUACUGGCUAAUGAUGUGUCUCGUACCUCUGUCAUACAUGAGGGAAUAGCCAACUUCUCUGUGAAUGGUUGGAAUACAAUUAGCUUAAUUGUGAAGAACACAACAGCUAUUGGCAGUUUAAAUGGAGUGAGCUUAUUUAAAACCACUGUGCCUCCAAAACCGGCCAAUGGCUUCGUAGCCAUGGGAACAGAUUCCUAUGGCCUAGCAAAUUUUGAUAACUUCAAAAUGAUGAGCUCAGAGGAGUUUGAUUUAAAUGCAAUAAAGAUACCUGAAAAAGUAUAUUCCAAAGACACAAAAUUGUAUUUCAGAUCAAAACAUGAACAGCAUAGUUCAGUGAAUAUACCUUAGUUUGUUUUAUUUAUUAAUGGAUAAAGUUUAUAUAUUCCAAAUAUGCAAAAAGUAACCAAAGCAUCAUAGCUAAAAAAUAUAUAACACACUUUUUUGUAUUAUGUUAUGCAUAAAAUUUAUAAUUCCAAAGAUAACAAACUUAAUACACAUGCAUUAUGCCUCAAAGGUCAUACCAUACAUGUUGUAUUUUGUUGCACUUGAAAUGCAUAGCCAGGUUUGACAUUGUGAUACAGUAAGUCAAGUGCAUCUUCUAUUGUAGCACCCACUUUCACUUUACUUUUACCUUGAAAUUAUAAGAAUGAGAUAUCACAUUCCAAACAGUGAAACAUACAUGUACAUCAUUCAUGCCUGAAAGCUCAUGAUUUUGUGAGAAAUACAAAGUGCUAUGUAAAAAUUUAGUGGUGAUAUUUUCAUACUGAUCAAUGUGCCAUUUGUAGAGCAACAUGGAGAAACCCAGUGAACUUGUGUGUGAUGGUUAUAAUUGUUGUUAUGAAUGUUACAAUCAUGCUAAAGUUUAACAUAUUUAUUUCUAUUGUAUACCAGUAUUUAUACCCCCCGCAAACGAAGUUUGGGGGGGAAUAUAGGAAUCACUUUGUCCGUCUGUCUAGCUGUCUAGCUGUCCGUCUGUCUGUGCAAACGUGUCCAGUCCAUAUCUUUCUUAUGGAGGAACAUUAGAAUCUACUACUCCAAACAAAGAUUGCCCAUGACCUAAGGGUGUGUCAUAACCUUGACCCAAGGUCAUUUGGAGAAGUUCAAGGUCACUGGAGGAAAAAAUUAAUAAUUCGUGUCCGGUCCAUAUCUUUAUUCUGGAUAAACUUGGUAGGUUCUAAUUUCACACAAAGAUUGCUCAUUACCUAAGGGUGUGUCUUGACUUUGACCUAAGGUCAUUUGGGGAAGUUUAAGGUCACUGGAAGAAAAAUUUCAUAAUGCGUGUCUGGUCCAUAUCUUUCUUAUGGAUAAACUUGGUAAGUUCUCAUUUCACAAAAAGAUUGCUCAUGACCUAAGGAUGUGUCAUGACCUUGGGUCAAGGUCAUUUGGGGAAGUUCAAGGUCACUGGAAGAAAAAUUUUAUAAUACGUGUCUGGUCCAUAUCUUUCUUUAUUAUGGAAAAACUUGAAUCUACUCUUCACACAAACAUUGCUCAUGACCUGCGGUUGUGUCAUCACUUUGAACCAAGAUCAUUUAUGCAAGUUCAAGGUCACUGACAGAAAAAGUUCAUAAUUCGUGUCUGGUCCGUAUAUUUAGUCUAUUUUUUUAUUAGGCUGCGCCUUCCUUUCAUUUAUAAAAAAUAUAAUGAGCAAUUACAUUUGCACUAAAAGUGUUUUAGCAUUUCUCUCUUCUCUUAGAUCCAUAAAAUAUUCAUGAUUUAGCACUUCUGAAAAACCCAGCAGGGUUUAUUUUGUCCCAUUUGGACAGUUCUAGUUUUAGAUUACUGUGUAUUCAUGUAUGAUAUCUGAACACUUUUCUAGAACUUCCAUUUAUUAUAAAUGUAAAGUGUUUGAAUAAAUAAGCAAGCAUGUUAUGUCUGCAUGGUAGAUUGUUUAGACACCCAUUGAUCAAAUAUCUUUGCAGUUUUGAAGUACCGAUCAUUUUAUUUAUGUUUUUAAUGUUUUGAAGAUUGAUUUUUGUCAAAUAAAGGUACUGUAUCAUC